AUGAUCCCAAGACCAAUCAUCUCCUUCCUCUACCUCAUAGGCCUCAUCCAAUACACCAUCUUCUUCCUCCUCUAUCGCAUUGGUCUCAACCCAUCCUUUGAAAGAGAGCCGACACCAUGGGAGAAUGCGGAGCUCUUAUUCUUGUCCCUCGGCAUUUCUAUGCCUUCGACAACAUCUACCGCCCAGUCUCUCAAGAAGAAGCUGCCUGUUAUCGAGUACCAAAGAUUUCUCAAGAGAAAGAGGAAAUCUCCCUUGUUUGAGCCGGCGCCGGAUUGUGCUAUUUGCCUUCAGUUAAUAGAGCCUACGGACCCGGUUCGAGAGCUUGGAAAUUGUUGCCAUGAAUUCCACGGGGCUUGUAUGGAUGGGUGGUUGGACCUUGGUCGUUUUUGUUGUCCCCUCUGCAGAUCAGCGGUGGCUCCGCCCGAGACCAUCCUCGGAGGACCACUUUUGAUUUUGAAGGUUCUUUUACUUGGGAAUGACUUGACACUUGGACGUUGUUGA